UGUUAACAGGAGCAUAUCUUGCCUGCAUCCGCAUCAACCGCUUCAACAUACCGAAAGGCCGAAUGUUGGAGGAUUAACAGGGCUUUACUCCGUCCCCCGCACUGGCGCCCGUUGAAGAUGCAGGGACUCUAGUAGUCCCAUGUGUGAAAUAGGUGUCUCAGCCCCCAUGUGCAAUCGAUCUUCCAUCCCCCUCCAUUUAAUUACUGUCCACCAAGAAGCGAAUGAAGUGGAAUACCUAUAAUUCACGUUAUAUCUCUUCAUCUCGCCAAUACCUCACUCUAAGUGGUAGCUCUACGCUCUUCUUACAGUAGUAGUCAUGGCGGAAGAAGGAUCGUGGACGUCUCGCCCUGUAGCGUCCCCACCUGCUAAUUCCCCACCCGCGGCAUCUCCACCCGCUGCCGCCGCCGCUCCACAAGAUUUCGAGAAUGAGCAUCUUCCCAUUGUCGGUGCCUUCGUAUUAUAGUUCUAUGUGCUGUAGCUCAGGCUGACCGAUCAAGGAAUCCGACGAGAGCGAUAUUGAUUCUGGCUUUGGCAGUGACAUCGCCAGUUCCACAACCUCGAUACGGGACAGCAUUAGGGAUUAUCGUGUCUUGAACGGCAGGACAUACCAUAAUUUCAAUGACACAAAAUACUGGGGUCCCAACGAUGAAGACGCCAAUGAGGCGAUGGACAUUGGCCACCAACUGUUCACCCUCCUCUUCGACGGCCGGCUAUUUCUAGCGCCCAUUGGCGACAACCCGCAGAAGGCAAUCGAUAUCGGUACAGGCACAGGCAUCUGGGCCAUCGAUUUCGCAGACCAAUUCCCCUCCGCGGAGGUCAUUGGCACUGAUCUGUCUCCUACCCAGCCCUCGUUCGUACCGCCGAACCUGCACUUCGAGCUCGACGAUGCGCAGCUAGACUGGACGUUCAACGAUGGCACAUUCGACUACGUGCACUUACGCUGUCUCUUCGGGGCCAUUUCCGACUGGCCCAAGUUGUAUGGUGAUGCGUUCCGCACGCUAAAACCAGGUGGCUGGAUUGAGCAGGUCGAAAUCAAUGUUCAGAUAGUCUCGGACGAUGGAACUGUUGGCGAAGACCACAUCUUGACAGGAUGGGCUAAGCCGUUCUUCAAGGCUGGCGACCUCCUCGGAAAGUCUAUCCGGACUCUAGACCAAACUAAAGAGCUGAUGGAGAAUGCGGGGUUUACGAAUGUGGUGCAACGGAACUAUAAAGUUCCCAUUGGAGCAUGGAGUAGUGACCCCAAAUUGAAGGAGGUGGGAAGGUGGAGCCUGCUGUUCUGUCUAUCGGGGAUGGAGAGCUGGGCGAUGUACAUGUUGACAGCUGUGCUGGAGUGGAAGCUGGAAGAUGUCCAGGUGUACUUGGCGCAGGUAAAGGCGGCAUUUCUAGACAGGAAGAAUCAUGGAUACUAUGUGGUUGGCGCUGUAUAUGGCCAGAAGCCGCUGUAAAAUCCCUUAUUAAUUUUAAGAAGCUAACAGAUACACUGCAACUAUUGAGGAUGGUAUUCCAAAGGAUGGGGGGGGGGCCGGUUAUUGCUAAGGACCGUUGUCUGGAGACUGAUAGAGAGUAGCAAAUGAACAUAUUGUAGCUACUAUAUUUAUCCUAUUGGCUUGGGUAGUGCCACUUAUGAC